AUGAACAAGUUGUCGUUCCUGACGACCGAUCAGAUUGAUGAUGGUGACAUUAGGACGAGAAAUUUGUUCAACUACGAAAGGGCCUUUCCAUUGGGCAGUGCUGAAUUGGUCUGCAAAACUAUCGGUGGCGUAAGAUAUGGUGGUUGGCAGUUGGUGGACGAUAUCACUCCAAGUAAUUGGAUGUCUUCCAUAUGCAACGAAAAAUGGGCUGUAUCCUAUAGUGUCGUUUAUGGUGGUGUUAUAAGCAAAGACGAUAGGUUGGAGAAAGUCUGA